GCGUGGACCACCAGGACUUGACGGUUGCAAUGGAACCGAUGGUUUACCGGGAUCACCAGGGUCUCAUGGUUACGAUGGGCCGCCCGGUUUACCUGGAAUACCCGGACCACAAGGACAAAAAGGAGAGCCGGCUAUCGGUCCGCCGGGAGAGCCGGGAAGAAGUGGAUUCCCAGGAAUGCCGGGGACACCGGGCAAUGAUGGCUUACCAGGGGCCCGAGGAGAUCCUGGACUUAUGGGACCACCUGGACAAAAAGGAGAUUCAGGACCUUAUGGACCUAAAGACCAUGGAAACACUGGCGUCGGGUUUGUCGGCGCUAAAGGAGAACCCGGAGACAAGGGUUUGCCAGGACUUCCCGGCAAUAAUUGUAGUUAUUCUCACGGUGUCCCGGGUACAAUCAUUGGUCUCCCCGGGUCUAAAGGGACCAAGGGAGAAAAGGGUGAAUUUGGAGUCCCAGGAGAGCGAGGAUAUGACGGCAUUCCUGGAGGGCCCCCGGGGGAAGUCGCAUAUAAAGGAGAAAAAGGAUUACCCGGACAUCCGGGCACUCGAGGCAAAGAAGGAUAUCCGGGACCCCCUGGAAGUGUUGGAUUUAAGGGCGAUCGCGGAGAGCCAGGUCUCCCGGGUUUGGAUGGAAUCCAUGGACCUAAAGGCGAUGCGGGUCUGCCUGGCAUUCCCGGACAAAGAGGAAUACUCGGUCCACCGGGUCCACCAGGGGGGAUUGAAGGAAGAGCUGGACCACCAGGACCUUUGGGUCCCCGAGGUUUCCCUGGACUGCCCGGUUUGCCAGGAGCUGAUGGAUUACCCGGUGAAAUUGGACCGCGAGGUCCAUCUGGUCUUCCUGGAGGGCCUGGCAUUCCUGGUCCCCCCGGCAGAGAGGGACCACUUGGGCCUAAAGGAGACAAAGGAGACGGAGGCCUUCCUGGCCUUCCAGGACUUGAGGGACCAACAGGUUUGCCAGGAAUUCCCGGCUCGAAAGGAGAACCAGGACCCAAAGGAACACCAGGUUUGGAUGGAAGUCCGGGACUAA